AUUUGAAUUUUAUAACCUGGGAUCUAAUACACAUUUUUGCCCGUGUGCGCUGGAGAAAUGUUCCUGAGCAAAGCGAAGACUGAAGCGGACUCAUCCUCUUCCGACGGGGACACCCUCAAACCCCGCACCGAUGCGCUGAUGGACAGCACGCAGGGUUCGUGCGUGGAUGCCGAGUCUUCAGGCUCGUUUAUUCCGACGGUCACGGCGAUCACCAGCACCCCGGAUCUGCAGUGGAUGGUCCAGCCGACCAUCAUCACGUCUGUAUCUCCGUCUCUGGGUAAAGCUGAAAGCAACGAACCGGCAAAGACCAAGACAGCUGGGAACAAGGGGAAAUGCGCUGCCAGAAAGGGCAAGAACGAGCAGCUCUCACCAGAGGAAGAGGAGAAGAAGAAGAUCAGGAGAGAGAGGAAUAAGAUGGCUGCAGCAAAGUGUCGCAACAGACGACGAGAACUCACCGACACCCUCCAGGCGGAAACCGACAAGCUAGAAGAGGACAAAGCAGCUCUACAGGCUGAAAUUGAGAAUCUCCUGAAGGAAAAGGAGAGGCUUGAAUAUGUUCUUGCCACUCAUAAACCCCUUUGCCAACUGCCUGAAGAGUUGGACUGCAUGUUCCCAGAAUCUCCUCAGCCUCUUCCAAUGUCAGAAGCGGCCACCAAACUCCCGGAGGACAGUCCUCAAGAUUCCACUUCUCUUCAGGACUUGGAGAUCCCAAUGGUUCCAUCCACUGCUAUUUCUGGGAACUCCAACCUCCUGUUGUGUUCAAGCGCGGAGAUCAGUUUGUGCGAUCUUGAGCCAUCUCUCGACAUCAGAGACAAACUCCUUGCAACCGUCGACGAGGACCGCGUCUCUGUGGAAACAGCUCGCUCUGUCCCUGACAUUGACUUGACCGGCUCGCUGGGCAUCACAGACUGGGAGACACUGUACAAGUCAGUGGCCAAUGAUCUCGAACCUCUAAGCACCCCGGUGGUGAGCACUUCCACGCCAACCUGCAGCAACUACCUGUCCAUCUUUACCUUCGCCUGCCCAGAGCUGGACUCACUGGCCGAGGGACUUGACGGUUGCAAAGGUGGAGUGACCAAAGCAGAAUCUAGUGUCGAUAUCCUCAACUCUCCAACGCUUCUUGCCUUAUAAAAGCAAGUGUAGAUGAUGUAAUGUCAUGAUGUUGUUCUUAACUACUGGAUAUCGCCAUGUUAUGAUGUCCAGAUUUGUAAUGUCAAUGUGAAGCCAGCUGUUUAAUGGCUGCAUCCAUGAAAAGUGUGAUGUGUAAGGUGGGGUGUUCCCUUCUUCCAGAUACAUUUGAUGUAGCCCAAAUCCAAGAGCAUGUACAAUUAUCUUUUGAGCAGAUAUGAACUAUGUUCUGGUUUGAAAAGCAUGCACAGAGAUAUCAUGAGUAAAUCUAAAUACAUAUAAAAUACGUAUAUAUAUAUAUAUAGAAAGACAGUAUAUAUGUAUCAGUUCCAUAUUUGUUUGAUCUGGUGCUAAGUUCUGUCCUGUGGAAUUGAUCGAGUUGUGUUCGUUUUUUAUGGCAAUAGUUAAUCGACUCGUGUUGUGCUUUAUAUAAAGUCAUAUCACAGUUAUCGCAUACCUCAAUGCUAUCAUUCUACUGUGUUUUCACAUCGUUCUUCAAUGUUUAGAGUUUUCCAUGAAAACAUCCAGUGCUAUAUUGAUGGAGAUGUAUUUUAUGAUAAUUUAUUUUUCUACAUUUUAAAUUUGACUUCUUUGUCAAAUGAAAAGAGC